UAAACGUCAGCUGCUUUAGUCAGGAGAGGGGGUUCUCUUUUCUUUAUAUCCUUAUCCCACUUUGUAUCAAUGCCCACCCCUUUCCUAACAAUUUCCUUUGAUUUGCUUCUUCCCUUCCUCAUCUCUACCCUUUUCUGUCUAAAUUCAGUCUUAAAAUCUUAUCUAUUUUGCUAAGUCACCUAUAUUUUUUUACUAGGAGUAAGCAAAGCAAAAAAGAAAGAACAACAGGUUCUACAUUUUUGUUUUGUUUUUCUUGCUGGUUAUAGUUAUGGGUACUCCUUGGCCUGAAAGACUGUCAAGUAACAAAAAAAGGGUAAUACAAGAACUUGUUCAUGGGCAAGAGUGUGCUACCCAACUUCAAAUUCUUUUCCACAAGCCUUCCGAAGAAGGUGGGCGUCUCUCAGCUGAGGAACUUGUUCACAAGAUCUUGAGAUCUUUCGAUGAGACACUGUCUGUGCUGAGUGCUUGUGACUCUGCUGAGGUUUCUCACAGUCAGGCAACUUCUAACGGUGAUCCCCCCUGUUGUGAUGACCGGAGGUCUGAAGAUUCUAGUGAGAGCAGGAAGAGACCUGUCUCUAAGGACAGGAGAGGUUGUUACAAGAGAAAGAGGGCUGCUCAGACAUGGACAGUAGUUUCUGCUACAAUAGGAGAUGGUCAUGCCUGGAGGAAGUAUGGGCAAAAAGAGAUCCUCAAUUCUAAACAACCAAGGAGUUACUUUAGGUGCACUCGCAAGUAUGAUCAAGGUUGUAGGGCCACCAAACAAGUUCAAAGAAUGGAAGAUGAUUCCCAAAUGUAUCAGAUCUCUUACAUUGGAACCCACACCUGCAGAGACUCAUUCAGGCUUCCCCAAAUCAUCUCAGAUUCUGAAUCUUGGGAAUUUUACAUGGGCUCCAAAAUCUCAAGAAAACCACAGCAUCAUCACUUGAACCCAUCUACCACUGCAACGAUAAAGCAGGAAUCCAAGGAAGAGACAACACCUCAUCACUUGAACCCAUCUACCACUCCAAUCAUAAAGCAGGAAUCCAAGGAAGAGACAACACCAAGUGAUCUUACAGACUUGGAUUCUGUCAUGUGGAAGGAUAUAAUGGGUGGUGGUUUUGAGUACUCCUCUGAGCCUGCUGGAAUGGGGUCUGAUUAUGGGGAUGUUGUCUCUAACGUGUAUUCAUGCACUGAAAUCACUUCUCAGAAUUUCGAAUUGGACUUUUUGAUUAAACCUGCAGAGUUUGAAAAUGAUUUUCAUUUUGAUGAAAUUGAGUUUGUCUAGUCUAGCUUCUUGUAAACUUAAUAUUGUAGCUAUGAGGGUUUCCCAUUCCAUAUGUAAUCACUAAUGUGGAAUAAUAACAACUAUUGAAGCCUUUUUCUAUC